AAGUUUCAUAUUAAAAAAAACUUGAACCUUGGUUAUUUCUCUUUUACGACUCACUAAGCCGCAUAACGAAACAUGCUGAAUUUUUCUCUCUGCUUCUUGGAUUUUUUGGCCAUCGCCACAGCAUUCACAGUUGAUGUUAACAGAACUUACUUUUAUCUAAGUCCAAAUGGGGAGCAGAACACAUAUACUAAAUCAAAUUUACCGCAAGGUCUAUCUAAGGAUUCAAAGGAUGUUGAUAUCACAUGGAAAGAAAAACUGGAUCUUUCUCAUAUAGGAAGUUGGACGCCGAAAUUCACUAUUUACUACAUCGGGAAAAACGCUACAGUACAUUUAGAUACGUUCAGCUUAAAAGGCCCGUAUGCAACUAGCACGAUGGAAGAUUUGGCACUAACUUUUUUCAAUCAUAUAAUGGCUGGUGGUCUGCUCGUUAGUAAUGAAUAUAUUUGCAAGGGAAAGCAUAAUAGCCCCGGACAUCUUCAAUGGAACAGAAAUUAUGCGAAGGGUGUUUACUGUGAAAUUCCUGUUAAAGUCACUUUGGAAAUCGAAUCUAUUCCUUGGUUUUUUGGUAGCACGUAUCCCAUUAUGAAAGCAAUUUAUGAAGGCUAUUUCAAGAAAGAUGGGGAUUACUGUCCCAAUAAUUGACAGAAUUUAUUUCCGUACUAGCGUUCACGAAAUAUGUAAACAUAACUUUUUUUAAAUAAAAAUACCAGCAUAAUAACUAAAAGUUA